AGACCGAAAUGAAAAGCCUCGAUAUGUGCCUGUGCUCCCAGGAUUGAUCCCAGUCCCGCUGCCAGAAUCCAGUCCGGGUUUUGUGACUCUCCAGGCUGAAGAGGCGCUUAUCUCCUCUUCCUUUGUGUUUGAACCGUUUGGGUCUGAGGGACCGGGACUCUGGACAGAAACGUCUCACUGAUGUCGGAGGGACCAGGACUCGAUGUGUCGACUGAGGAGCUGUUUAUCAACCGGUUUCCCGUCCACCGCGCAUGUCGGGAUGGAGAUGUCGGAGCUUUGGUCUCUCUGAUCCAGCAGCUCUCAAACCGGUCUCAUCUGACCGUGGAGGACUCGAGCUACGGAUGGACCCCCUUACACUGGGCUGCUCACUAUGGACAGCUGGAGUGUGUGGUGCGCCUGGUCCAGAUGGGCUGUGAGGUGAACACCGUGACCAGCCGCUUCAACCAGACGCCGGCGCACACGGCCGCGUUUGGAGGACAUCCUCACUGCGUGGUGUGGCUGACUCAGGCUGGAGCUGACGUCAACAGCCAGUGGGGUUGCCAGGUCACUGCUGAAGUCAACCCAGGUGUCUCGAGGGUGAAAUGGUGA